AUGGAUAAGUAUUUUCCUGGAUAUGUCAAACUGAUUAGUGUUAGGGUUAUUAAAUACAGAGCGCUAGCCAUAUUGGUGAUGCAGCCACCAAAGACCUCCACUAAGAGAGGUUCAUACACUUUGAGACAAACUGACCACUAAGUAUAGCUGCAAUCAGUAAAGUUGCUUCCUCUUUGCCUUGCUGCUUCAGUCUUAAGUGGAUAGCCCUGCGACAAACGAUUGAGAGUAGCCUGAUUCCAGAGAAUAACUCCUUGGAGUUUAUCAGGUGUCAGAGUGCCUUUCUUUGGCAGCGACUGGAAAAAGACUGUUCCCCUAUGGACCGGGCGGCGAAACCCCAGGCUUCUCUCGGUAGAGGAUGUCCAAGGCUCUGAAGGGCAUUGCUGGCAACUUCAUUUCUAACCCAAAGUUUCAGCCAAAGUCUACACGAAUACUCAUCUGCUGAAGCUGCACUUGUUUCUAGGCCUGAAGUCGCUGUGGCCUUAAGUUAAAAGGAAGGUUGAUACAUGCCACCCAUUUUAAUGCAUGGAUAUGUCAAAGGGAUAAGUAGUGCGAUUGCUCUAAUGAAAAUCGAUUUCAGCCAAAAAGAACUAACAAAAAUAUCUGAGCAAGGACCUGAAGUUGCUGAUUUCGUGAAAUCUUUACAGAUUUGUAAGAGGAGCCAAGAUGAAAAAGAAAAAGCAAAGUGUGUAGCUGUAAACCUGGCUCAAGGGAACUGUAAAAAGGAGUUUUUUCUCGUUGGAGAGUGUAUUAAGAACUUGCAGCAUCCAAAAUUUCCUGAAAAGGAUAGGACCCAGUAUUAUUGUUCCAAUGUAGACGCAAGUCUUGAUGAUUGUUUGUCAAGUCUUACUAGUAAAGUUUUGUUCGCUUUAUCAGACUUGCCCAUUGAGGCUUCGCCGAAUAUUCGAGAAAUAGACUAA